AUGGAGACCUCAAUGAUGCAUGCGGUCGACCCAUUCUCUCACUCGCGCGGGGGAUUCUGGACCCAGCUUUUUAACGCGCUCUCUGCGACUGCACUGGUUAGGUGCUGGCCGCUACUCGUAUUCUUUUCUGCCUGGGCGACAGCUAUCUGCGUUAUAAGUCACACCACACACAAUUUGGGUAUCGAAAGCACUCUUCUAACGGUCAUCGGUACCGUACUUGGUUUCGUCGUGUCGUACCGGACGACAUCCAGUUUCGAACGCUAUAACGAGGGUAGGAGGUUAUGGUCGCAGAUUGUGCUCGCAAGCCGGACAUUUUCGCGUACGGUCUGGUUCCAUGUCCCAGAUGUAAUACCCGCAAUUGCUGACGACAAAUCCACGCUAGAGCAGCGUAAGCAGCGGGUGCUCAUCGAGAAAAAGACGACCAUCAACCUUGUCGAGGCUUUUGCAGUCGCUGUCAAGCAUUACUUGCGCGGAGAGGAGGGCGUAUACUAUGUCGAUCUGUAUCAUCUUGUCAAGUUCCUCCCUUCGUAUGCGCUCCCGCCCGGAAUUCCCUCUGCACUUGACGUCUCAGAUAUCUUAAGCAUGCAGCCUGGCUCGCAGGACGGGAACGAUGCAACAAACGGACAUGAGCGCAAAGUUUCGGAUGCCCGCUCGCUCCAGAGCAUCACGUCGCCCACAUCACCCAAGUCGCCCUCGUUCGCGCGUUCAGUGCAGCUGCCUGUUCCUGCAACGUCUCCAGGAAGGAGGACUACCUUUGCGAACAGGCUGCCGAAACCGUCGGUGGAGUACGAGAAGGAUGAUAGGGAAGAGAAGUCGUCGACGAACGUUCUAGUCGAUGAAGGAUUUUUGCUGCCCGCACGAAACCCCCCGCAGUAUCACCUGCUCGACCUGUUUCCCUUCUCGCUUGUGGUUAAACUUCUCACCAAGCGUGGGAAGGAUGUGAAGGGUAAGACAGCAGCUCGCAUUCGCGCGAAGCUCAGGAGCAAAACCGUGUCGCACAACUUGCCCCUGGAGAUUUCUUUCUACCUUGUGAAUAAAACCAACUAUGUCGUUAUAGCCGCCCUCAUCAACUCUUUGGGCCUGCUUGUAGAUGCCCUCACGGGGUUAGAGCGAAUCCUCACGACUCCAAUACCCUUCUCGUAUCGCGUGCACUUGUGGACUGUGACAGUCCUCUACAAUUUGCUUUUGCCCUUCCAGAUUUGGCUGUAUCUAGGAUGGCUUACAAUACCGGCUACAGCCCUUUUGAGUUUUAUAUUCUUCGGUUUCUUGGUUGCGGGCGAGGAAAUCGAAAAUCCCUUCGGCUAUGACAAAAACGAUCUGAACAUGGACCACUUCACGCACAACAUUAUCCGCAACGAACUCCGUGCGCUAACAGCUGUGCCUGUCCCUGAUCCGUCUGUCUGGGCCUUCUCACAAUUCAACGACCAGAUGAUUGGUUCUAAGGACGCUGAACGUGUUUCUCCAGACGAGUGGAUGCGCCGCGGAUUCCUCAGCAUGCAAAUGGCGCUGAAUGAAACUCUCUGA